CUGCUAGGUGACCGGUGAAAAAAGCGCAGAUGCAGAUGGGUAGAGGAACUAGCAUUGAGGAAGAAACGGUUCUGGUCCUGCCUCCACUGCCAGUUUGCGCCGUGAUUAUGGACCCAGCCAUGGCAGGCCCAGGCAGCAGCUCACCGUGGGGCAAGCAUGUGUACAAAGUCAUCCUGAUGGUCCUAGUGGCCCUCGUCCUCCUCCACUCAGCAUCAUCCCAGUCCCAUUCAGACUUUGUGCCACCAGGCCAGCAGAAGAAGGAGGCUCCAGUUGAUCUCUUGAGCCAGAUGGGUCGUUCUGCGCGGGGAACACUGGAUGCCUGGCUGGGGCCAGAGACCAUGCACCUGGUUUCCGAGACCUUGUCUCAGGUGAUGUGGGCCAUCUCCUCAGCCAUCUCAGUGGCCUUCUUCGCGCUGUCUGGGAUCGCUGCACAGCUGCUCAACGCCUUGGGACUAGAUGGAGAUCACCUCACCCAGGGCCUGAAGCUCAGCCCCAGCCAGGUCCAGACGUUCCUGCUGUGGGGGGCAGGGGCCCUAGUUGUCUACUGGCUUCUGUCCUUGCUCCUUGGCUUGGUCUUGGCCGUGCUGGGGCGGAUCCUGUGGGGUCUGAAGCUUGUCCUCUUCCUGGUGGGCUUUGUGGCCCUGGUGAGGUCAGUCCCUGACCCCUCCACCCGGGCCUUGCUCCUCCUGGCCCUGCUGACCCUCUAUGCCUUGCUGAGCCGGCUCAGUGGCACCCGGGCCUCAGGGGCCCAAUUGGAAGCAAAGGUCCGAGGGCUGGAGCGCCAGGUGGAAGAGCUACGCUGGCGGCAGAGGCGGGCGGCCAAGGGGCCCCGGAGUGUGGAAGAGGAGUGAGAAGGACUCCGGGCAAGGCCAUCUUCAUACCAAAGAACUGCACUGCUUUUGGAUCGCACAGCCGUCCUUCCAGCCCCCCACCCCACUCCUUUCUUGAACUGUCAGAACCUUCGUCCCUAGCAGUGAAAGAGGAAGACCAUGCUGGUCCCCAGGGGCCCUGUCUUCUGAGGUUCUCUGCCUGGAAUUGGUUGUCCUCACCCCCUCUCUGCUCCCAGCCUGCCUCAGGCCAGGUUGGAAGGGCCUCCCCUGUGGCUUGUGCAUCUGCCCUCAAUGGGCAUCACUGCCAGUGUCUCCCUUCUGCUGCUGCCUCGCCUUCCUCCUGACGCUCUUGCUCUCCUGUCCUUCUGUGGCUCCUCCUUUGUCAAGUCUCUGCUUCUUUCCUGGUUGUCUCCUUCUAGCCCUGCGUUCCACCCAAACCACAGUCCCUCAAGGCAUGUUCCUGUCCUCUUUGUUGCCUCACCACCAUGGGGAAGAGGCAGGGCACCAGGGACCUGAGGCCCAGGGGCAGGUUCCCACCCGGGGACUGGGAAUGGGGAUGCACAAUGAGUCUGUUACAAGUGCCUUAAUCCGAGCCAGCAGGGCCCUCUACUUGCCCGCUGCUAUACUGUAUGUAGGAAAUUGCACUGUGGCUGCUUUGUGUCAAGAAGAGAGUUUUUCCCUCUCAUCUUGAUUCCCCUUCAGCCAAAGCAAAAGGUGACUGCUUCAUAGGCUUGUGCCUGCAAGUGGGACCCUGCAGUGGCCAUCAGGUCCCCCGUGGGGAUUUCAGAGACACUGAAGGAGAAGCAUCUUGUCUGCACAGCUCCAGAUGGUUCUCCACCCCCUUCCUCCACUCAUUGCCACCAGGGAGUUGCUGAUCAGGGUCUACUCCAGUGGCCCAGGGGGAAUGCAGGCCGACAAACCAGAGCUGCACACCAUGGCCCCUUCCCGUCACAAGCUCCGAGAGGGCCAGGGUGCCUGCCACCGGAGCCCUCUCACCACCAGGGGUCUCAUUCUUCCUCUGAGGCUCUGGUGGAGGUGGGUAUCCCCUGCCAGGGCCAGCACUUGAUGUGAAGAAUGAAUUCAAAUCCCAGCUCUUACUGUUAAGAUUUGAUGUGGAAUCACAGCUGCAGUGAUACAUAUUUUUAUCAGCGCUUGGUUGGUUUUAAAUAAAAUGCACGCUAUUUUAUUAUCUUGUUCCACAUAAAAUGUAUUUACUCAGA